AAGUAGAAAUCUAUGUGCGCAUUACGCAUCCCGUGCGCUUUGGAAACGUUCCUACUCCCAACUCCAACCCUACGCACAUUUUCCACUGUCUCUAUCUGUACAGGUACAGGUCCCUUCUUAUUGCUAAAAGGAGAAAAUCACUCCAUCAUCGACCUCCCACUCAAAUCAAAUCUUCUAUCUUCUGCGCUCUUUUUCCCUUCCGAUAAUUAUUCUCAGUUUCUGUUUCCUCCUUCAAAUCAAACCCUAAUUUCAAUUUUAUUCCUUUAAUUUUUUUUUUUCUCAUUGGCUUUAGACUAUUCCCAGUAUAUUCGUUGUUUUUGUGCUAUUGCUUUGCUUAAAGCAAAAGGAAAAAUAAAGGACUGGACUAAUUUAUUUCUCUGCUUCUGAUUUCAAAUCCAUAGGUUUUCGUUUGCUGGGGUUUUUGGAUUUUCUUCUUUUGUAGCUUUUGGAAAAGCAAUAACGUUAAAGUUCAGUUUUAUCCUUACCCAAAAUAUUGAAUCAUUUACGUAUUUCUCUCUACCUAUCAGUUCAGCAACAGUAUAAACUGUCAGCACCUAACCCGUAAAGACCUGAUUUUCUGCUGUGGCCGACAAUUCCUUUUGUGGUAAUUUAUGAGUUGUUGAAUUAUAUAGCCAAUGUCGGUGGAAAGAUCUUUCGAAGCAUGGGAGGAAGUACAGCGGCAUGGCCAGGACCUUGCGGACCGGCUGGCGCAGGGAUUUACGGGCCUUAUUCAGUCCCAUAUGACAAACACGGCAGCUUUUCCCUGGCCCAACCCUCAGAAAUCGAAGCUUUUCGAUUUGGAAUUCCCAGGCCACAAUUUCAAUAGAAGGGAUUUUGGAGUAUUAACUGAUAAUUCUGGGAUAAAUGGGGUUUCUGCGAUUUUCGAUUUUGGGAACAGAAUUGGCCAAGCUGGGGCAGAUUUUGGGGCGUGCUUGAAUGGGUUAGUGCAGCAGUUCUUUAGGAGGUUGCCGGUGCCUUUUAAGCAGGAGGAGGCUGUUGGGAUGGACGUGAGGAUGGAUGGUAAAAGGAGUAAUCGGGUGGGUGUGGAGUGCGAGUUGGGACUGGUGAGUGAGAGGUUGAGGGAUUAUGGGUUUGUGGAGAAUGAUGUUACUGGCGGUAAGCUGGGCGGUUCGCCAGACGAAGAAACAGGUGGGUUUAAUUUGAAAUCCGUGGGCCAUCUUGGUAAGCCACAGGGGGCCAUAAAUAUCACAUCAACUUAUGAGAGUAGAACUAACAACCUAGAGAGUUCUAUGGUUGCAAGGGGAGAUCUAUGGAGAGUGGAGGCAUCACAUGGCAGUUCCACAUCAGGAAAUGACAAUUCAUCUCUCUUUCUUGUCCAGCUUGGACCAGUACUAUUUGUUCGUGACUCAACACUUCUUCUACCUGUUCAUCUGUCAAAGCAACACUUGCUUUGGUAUGGUUAUGAUAGGAAGAAUGGAAUGCAUUCUCUUUGUCCUGCUGUAUGGUCAAAGCAUAGAAGGUGGCUGUUGAUGUCAAUGCUCUGUCUCAAUCCAUUAGCUUGUUCCUUCGUGGAUUUGCAGUUUCCAAAUGGUCAGUUUACCUAUGUGUCAGGUGAGGGGCUGACUACAAGUGCUUUUCUGCCCUUUAUGGGAGGACUUCUCCAAGCUCAGGGUCAAUAUCCUGGAGAAAUGAGAUUUAGCUUCUCUCACAAGAACAAGUGGGGUACACGCAUCACUCCGAUGGUACAGUGGCCUGACAAAUCAUUCACAUUAGGUUUUUCACAAGCCUUAGCAUGGCAGAGAUCAGGUCUAAUGGUGAGGCCUACAGUUCAGUUCAGUUUGUGCCCAACUUUUGGUGGAAGCAAUCCUGGGUUGCGAGCAGAACUUAUUCAUUCAGUUAAUGAACAACUAAAUCUGAUCUGCGGCUGUGCAUUCACGACACACCCUUCCAUAUUUGCAUCAUUGUCUAUUGGGCGUUCUAAGUGGAACGGGAACGUGGGGAGUUCAGGGGUAGUUGUUAGAAUUGAUAGUCCAAUCUCAGACGUUGGUCGACCAUCGUUUUCUGUUCAGCUAAACAGCGGCUUUGAGCUUUGAUACCAUAACUUCAACCCAGUGUAAAUAGUCUAACAGCAUUUCAACGCACAAACUGGCCAUCACCCAGACCACUUGUAUCUAUUUAAUUAUACGAGUAGCCAUCGUUUUCUUUCUGUAAUUACGAGGUUUUUGUUUGUGUGAAUGUUUGAUUGAAACCAAAUGUCAACUUUUGAAUUGGACUAGAAUACAAAAUUUGAUUUUAGAAGUGAGAAA